GAUCGGGCUACACGUACGGCUGGAGACACCCCCUUCUCAAGCUCACCCCGAGUCACUGAAGAAUCCUCUGCCCGUCCCCGACUCCCCCUCCUCUCCCGCCCCUUGGAUGUUUCUGAAGGUUGGAGUUUGGGGGAAUGCCGAGGUUUGGGGGUCUUGGUUUAGGAGAAAGGGCUCGGAAUCGAGUCCCUUCCUCCUUUUCUGUCCCCGGAACUUCCUUCUGCUUCUGGCCACCCCCACCCCCUUUGACUCAGGCCGCUGGAAUCCCAGGUAGAGCCACAACCCUAACUCCACGCCCUGAGGUCCUGAAUUCUCCCCACUCCUCAGGCACGGGAGAAAUACUAGGAAACCCCUCUUGCCUUACGCCAUUCCCCUCAUUCCUUCCCUGCAAAUUGUAUUCUCUUCUCCAACGUGAUUGGGAAUGGAGUCCUGAGUUCUAUCCGAAAUCAGCAUAACUCACUGUGUGACCCCAGACAAGUAAUACCCCCCAUCCGAACCUCAGUAAAUGAGGAAGGAAGGAAAUAACAUUUAUUAAGCCCCCUUCUGUCUCCUCCUUCAAGGCUCACAGCUCUGGGAAGGGUUAUUUCCAUUUUACAGUUAAGGAAACUGAAGCAAGGCAGAGGUUAAGUGACUUGCCCAAGGUCACACAGCUAGACACUGCCUGAGGUUGAAUUUGAACUCAGGUCUUCCUGACUCAAAGUCUGGCCCUCUAUCCACUACCCCACCUAGCUCUUAAAGUCCCUCUGUGCUCUGGCAUUUGAUAUUCUCCAUCCUCAUAUUCCCUUUCCAGUUCUGGCAUCCUAUGUCCCAAGGUCUCAUCCACACUCUUACUGCCUCAAUUGCAGGGAAAUCACUUUGUAAACUUUUGGACAUUGUUAUUCUCUAAACAGUCUUUCCAGCUCCAGAAUAUGUUGAUUACUGCUUGUGCUUCCCCCUUGGCAUGGCCUGGCUUUUUACAGAUGAAGGGAUGGAGAUCCUUAGAAGGGAAGGGACUUGUCCAAGGUGAUGCAGCCAAGUCAGGGGCAGAGCCAUCAGUAGAAUCCAGGUCUCUUGGCUCCCAGUCCAGAUGAUAUCCCCCUCAACGAUUCCCCAUCCCCUACUCUGUGUUUUCCAAGUAGGGGCCUGGAGCUGCCAAUGGAAAAGGUCGGGGAGUCUCUGGACCCUGAUAAAGAGUUGGUUGACCAGACCUGGUACCAUGGAAGGCUGUCCCAAAAGGAGGCAGAAGCCCUGCUGCUGAAGGAUGGGGACUUCCUGGUAUGGGCCUCCCCUUCCACCUUAGUCUUGGACUCAAGCCCCCUGGUGCUGUCCUGCUGCUGGGGUGGUCAACCCCUCCACUUUGACGUGGUGCGCAUCCAGCUGCGCCCACGGCCCGGAAGGCCCUCUCGUGCCCUCUUCCAGCUGGAGGAUGAGCGCUUCCCCAGCCUGCCUGCCCUGGUAAAGUGUUAUGUGGCUACACAGCGCCCGUUAUCCCAGGCCUCAGGGGCCGUGGCUUCUCGCCCUGUGGCCCGCCAUGGACCUCCACGUCCUACGACCUUUGGCAAGCCCCGCCACCGGCGGAGCCUGAGUGGGGAUGGCUGCAGCGAUGGUACUCGCCAAGUCCAUAAGGGGCUGCUCAGGACCAAGGAGCUCAGUGGAAGCCAACCCAGCCUAGACACCUUGAGACACAGGGGAGGCCCUCCUAAGGGGAGCAAAGGACCAGGUUCACCAGAUGACCCUCACAUGGCCAAAAUGGUGCCUCCUGCUUCCCCCCUUUUCCGUACUGGCAGUGACCCUGUACUGCGCAGGGCCCAGGAACUGAGCAUAGGUACCCCCCAAUGGGGCUCAGAUGGGCAGCUGCAUCCCAAGGGGCCACUGAAACCUCCACGUGCACCCUCUGUACUAUUGCCCGAGUGUCCUGGGACUCCCACCUCCUGUGAGUUGUUGCCCCAAGAGAUCCUCCAUUUCCAGAGGAAGGGAGGUGAUGACGGGAAACCUGGGACCAGGGAGGCAGCCAGACACGGACCCAGGGACAGACAGGAGACUGAGCACAAGACAGAGGCCUGGCCUGGGGAAGAAACUAUGCCCAGAGAGGGGCAGAAUGGACAGCUCAGCAACAAAGAAGGUCCACAGGAGGCCCCUUGGUGGGAGGAGUGGGAGCAAGAAGAGGCUGAAGAUUUCGUGAGGCCCCAAGGAGGAGCUACCCCUGCCCUUCAGCCCCAAGCCUUCUCUUCCUGCUUGCUGGGCCCUGAGAACCGGCCCUUGGAGCCCAGCGCCCUGAGGACCCUUCGUGCCCUGUUCCUGCAGCAUGAUGUGGGCACUGUGGCCCAACACCUGCUCCUGACCGAUUGCCAGGCGGCCCAGGUUCUGGGGGUGACACGGACUCAGCGCCAGGCAAUGGGCGUCCAUUCGGGUCUGGAGCUCCUCACUCUGCCUCAUGGUCAUCAACUUCGGCUUAACCUGUUGGAGAGGCAUGAGGCCUUGGCCCUGGCUGCCGCCACAGCUGUGGUGGGAUGCUCAGGGCCCGUGGCAGAACGAGUGGCCACCUUGCUCGGCCUUAUCCAGCUGGCACUGGCCCUUCGAGCCCCCGGGGGUGCAGACCUGUUUGCUCUGUCAUCGGUGAUGACUGCCCUGCAACUGCCUCAGAUCACCCGGCUGGAAAGGACGUGGCGCCUCCUCCGGCAGAACCACACAGAGGCCGCGCUGGCUUUCGAGAAGGAGCUCAAGCCCUUUGUCCGAGCCCUGGAUGAAGGGGCCGAAAUCGGGCUGCCGGGGGAGGUGGCCGUGCCUCACAUAAUGCCCGUGACCCAGCUGCUGGAGGGGGCCCAGCUGUGGGGGUCCCAUGAGGAGAGCUGUGAGCGGCUGCUUCGGACGCUGCAGGGAGCCCGGACCAUGGCCAGCCACGCCUCCCACUACCGAGAGGCUGCCAGGGCCCGACUGAAGGGUUUCCAGCCCACCCCAGAACUUUGCGAAGCCUUCCAGACUGAGUUUGCCCUGAGACUCCUCUGGGGCAGCCGAGGAGCUGGAGCUACACAGGCAGAACGUCACAAGAAGUUCCACCUCAUCCUCAAUGCGCUCUCCUGGAGGCUGGAGCCUGAGAGCUGACCAUUCAUCUUAGCUGGCCAGAACUGCCCCCUGUCCGGCCACGAGCCUCCUCGGUCGGAGGGAAGGCCCAGGGAGGUGUGUCUGCCCCUCGUCCCCAGGCUGGGCCAGGAGAGUUCUGACCUUGCCCCGCUGCCCCCCUAGAGAAGCAGGGCUGUGGGAGCAGGCACCUCUGAGCCCUCCUGCCCAGGUCUGCCUCCUCUCCUUUGCUGGGACCAGGCCGUGACGUCGGCCUCUCGCUACCUCACAGACAUUGUUCCUCCUGCGGAGCUGAGAUCCGCUGCUCUUGCAGCAUCUUCCCAGCCCUCCCAGCUCUUCCCUCAGAACCGGAUAUUGCUAGGAAGUCUACCUCCCUCCUGCCGCCCCCUGGGAUAAGCUCUCUUAUUCAGGAGGUGAAGAGCCCUUCCCACAAGUCACCCAUCGGAUCGGUGGAGAAACUGGCCGGCUUCCCCCCGAGUCUGCUUCAGUCCCCAAAAAAGGAGUGGCCAAAAGGCCCAGGCUUCCAUGGAGCAGCCCGAAGCUGCCUUCUGGGGCCAGCUGCAUGGGGAGCUGGAAGGGACAGAGGAGGCCUUUGUGAUGCCCACC